GACCGUCUACCAGCGGCACGUGCGGCCGCCCAGCCUGCUGGCCAAGAGCAUCCUCGAAGGUUAUCGCCCCAUUCCAGCAGAUCCCUACGUAGGAGGGAAUUCACCCUUACCAGCACCUGUCAGUGACCGGAUGAGAAAAAGACGGGCUUUUGCUGAUAAAGAGCUGGAGAACAUUAUGCUAGAGAGAGAGUAUAAAGAAAGGGAGAUGAUAGAAGCUACUCAAGCUGCUACCCUUUUUCUGCCUAACCACAUGGUGCAUGGAACUGAAUACAAUUCCUACAAAACUGCCUUUAAUCCCUCUCAGAUUGAAGCUCCCAAUAAGGAAUUUUGCAAUUUCUUACCAACCUGCCUUGAUCUAACCAUGCAGUAUUCAGGAUCUGGGAACAUGGAACUGAUUUCUUCAAAUGUCAGUGUAGCUACUACCUACAGACAGUAUCCCUUAUCCUCCAGGUUCUUGGUGUGGCCAAAAUGUAGCCCCAUCAGUGAUGCUCUUCUCUAUCAGCAAUGUUUGUUAAAUGCUACCACUGUCCAGACUCUCAAACCGGGGGCAGGCUGGGACUCCAAAGUUUCACAAAGUCAGGAUUGUCUAAACUCGGAGCAUGACAUGAUGUCACCAAAAAUUGAAAGCUCAUUUGUCUUUUCUCACCCUCGAGAAACUCGGCAGUCUCAAAGUGACAUUCAAAGCGCCUCCCGAGAUGCCCGGGAGAGGUCAGCUUUCUCCCCUCCGAAAAGAGCUUUCUCACAAAUUUCUGAUAAAGAUUCUCUGGCUACACAAGAGCAUGUCUUAAGCAAGAUUAGCAAAGAGAGUACCAAGUACUCUGCCCCACUCAAGUACAGUCCAUUUCACUCGCUGCUCCAGCAAACAUUUCACGAUAAAUCAAGCUCUGAGUUAAGACCAUCGUUUGUAAAAGAGACCUUUGAAGAGGCUUCUAAGAAGUACAGAGAAUGCUCCAUCAAAGAGAACCAAAAGUAUAAAUUUACAAUAGACAGAUAUGCAAAAGACUUUUUUGGGGCCAAACAAGCUGCAACAAAACUCUCAACAAAUGAGCCUCUGUCAUUUUCAGUUGAAUCAAUCCUUAAACGGCCCUCUUCUGCAGUCAGCAAUGUCUCUCAGUAGACUGCAUCUUCAAAGUCAAGUUUAAAUGCUUGCCCUCAGCAACUGUUGCCACUGUUUGCCUUUUCUCUUCAAAAUUUUAUACAGAGGAAUUUGUGAUGUAAAUGGUGAUUUAAAAAAAAACGUACAUAAUUAUGCAUGUUCUCUCUCAUGAAAAUAAAUAUAUUUAAAUUUUUAAAGUGAAAACUGUGAAUGUGCAGAUUAUAAAGCACUAUGCUUUAUACAGCUUUCCAAACACUACAGCUCUAAAGGGAGGUUCAUUGUGAGUCCAGUACAAUACUACUAGCAGGGCAAAGACUAGGCAUCAUUUUUGCCUUGUGUCUCUAUUCCCUCCCCAGCAGUGCAGGGAUGAAUUCACUUGCAGAACAUACAUAUUGUUUUAUUUGCUAUGAUAUCUAUACUAGCUGUAUUAUAUCUAUAAAUUUGCUAAAUGUAUAAAACUGAAUAAUAUAAUAUCUCUGCUAAUUAUUUGCUAUGUUGGAGUAACCCAUCAUUUCAUGGAACAGGCUAUGUGCCAGUGUGCCCAUGUUAAUCUUUUCAUUGACUGCAGUGGGCUUUGAAUCUGAAUUCUGAGCAUGAUUGUCAUUCUGAAAGGAUAACUUUCAGGCUAGUUUAUCCUAGAGAACUAGCUUAUUUUUGGCCUCGUUCUUGAAAUCUUCCUCUUUCAAGCAAGAAUGUGACUUGGUCAAUUAUGAAGUAUGGAACUAGGUUUGAGGACAGGAAAGAUGGAAAAGAAAGUCCAGUGAUAUUUUUUUUGUAAGUUCCCCCUCCCUACCUCCCCAGAUAAAGGUCUUUUCUUCGUCCAAAGAGUCAUUAAAAUUCUUCUCAGGUUCUUCACUAACUUUAAUAUUUCAUUUCCUAAUCUGGUCACUUUUGAUAAUGUAAUCAGGUUAGAUAUGUUGUCCUAAAUGAAAUGUACUUUAUAUGGUUAAAAAAUUGCAUAGGAUGAAUGCUAAAUAAUUUUUAAAAAUGCUAUAAAAGGUAAAAUUUAAGGUAUAAUAAUUAUUUAAAAAAAGGUAAAAAAUAAGUAUCUUUAAGCAAUAAAAUGAGGUUAAUUGGUAGAAACCACCAUGGCAUGAAGCCUCCUUCAGAAAGUAGAAAUCUUCAUUUUUUGGAUUCUAUGGUUGAUACACUUACUACAUUUCUUGAAACUGUGUUAGGUUUUUCUUUUAACAUUUUGAAGUCACCAGACCUUCCCCCCCUGCUUUCCUUAUACACCUUAACUUUAAUCCUGUCAAGUGUGUUUGUUUAGUCAUAUUUGUUUUACAGUCAUAAGGUUUUAGUAGAGCAGGAUGAACAAAUAUCAGUGGAAGAUAAAAGUCAGACUGUGAGCAGAAUUAUUGUUGUGUCAAUUUAUUCCCUAUUCAAAUGGGUUCAAUGACCUUUAUUCAAAACAAAUAUCAACCUAUUGAUUGGCAGUACCGGGAAUGUUUCUUCAAAUGUUUGAUAUCUGAGUUGGCUGAGUAGAAUUACCUGAGUAUCAUGAGAGUGUUCUUUUCCCUGGCUGGGUGAUGUGACUUUUAUGAGCUGCUUUUAUCUCUCUGUCGGAGUUUUUAUACUGUUGCUCAUCACUGGAGAAUCUGAGUACUUUCUAUGUAAAAUCACCCCCAUGGCAGGGGGUUGGACUUGAUGAUCUGCUCAGGCCCCUUCCGACCCUACCAACUAUGAAACUAUGAAACCAGUGGUAGUAAAGUCUGUCUUUUGCCUAAAAACUAGUUUCAUUUAGUAGUAAUAAAAACAAAUGUUUAUAAAUUUAACAAAUCCUAGCCACAGGCUCAAAAUUCAUAUUGAAUAAACAUUAAUACAAACAGGACUGUGCUCGUACAAACAUUAAAAUUAUGUUCUCAAUGUUGCUUCCAUUGUGGUCACACCACUUUUUAAAGUCCCUGAGAAAAUUUGAAUUCCUUUUUCCAACUUUGCCCUGAGCCACCUCCCAUUAUGGUCAAUGGAAAGACUACUAAUUAAGUAGGAGGUAAAUCAGGCCUUAUUUGCAUAGCUCUAGAUGGUAGCUAACCAUGAAUUGACAUUCACUAUGAAUCACAACAGUCUACUAGCUUUUGCCUUUUCAUAUCUCAUGGUUUCGUUAUCAUGGCUUUGUUCUUUGGUUGUGAAAUGCUAACAAAGGAAUUUAAUUUAAAAUGUUAUUUGUUUCUUAAGCUGUUGGCGUAAACUGUGAUGAGAGAUGAAAGGAAACUAAACAUCCAGCCAAUGGAUCAGUAUUAUGCUUUGGGAAUCAGUCCUACAUAAAUAUCUCUUCAUCUGACAAUGGAUGUAACGAAUUUUGUUCAAUGUAAAAUCAGAAAUCAAUUUCCUAGAGAAGGAUAAUCUUAAUGUAUGUCUGAAAUAAAUGCUGUAACUCAUGA